CCAACCUUACAUUUUGCUAUAUAAACCCUAGAAACUCAUUGUAAACCUCAACAACAUUUACAAGACGAUCAACAUAACUAAUAGAAGAGAGAGGGAGAGCGGAGAGAAAGAGAGAUGUCGAGAGUUUUGUCCGUCGUUUGUGUCUUGCUCGCUAUGUCAUUCGUCCAUGCACGUGCUCGUCAAGUGCCUGGCGAGUUUGACGAUGGCAAGACGACGACACGUGAAGAUACAACAACAACGCUCGUGCAUGCAAAUGCAGCAGAUCAGUCACCACCAAAAAGUCUCGGCGACAAAAAAUGUAUCGGCAAAGUCGGAGGAAUAGGUGGAUUCGCGGGGGUCGGUGGUUAUGCCGGCGUGGGAGGUCUAGGUAUGCCCCUCAUCGGUGGUCUAGGCGGUAUCGGUAAAUACGGUGGCAUUGGCGGUGCAGCUGGAAUCGGUGGAUUUAAGGGUCUAGGUGGAGGUUUGGGAGGCGGUGUUGGAGGUCUUGGUGGAGUUGGUGGGGGUAUUGGUAAGGCAGGUGGUAUUGGUGGUGUUGGCGGAGCUGGAGGUGGUUUAGGCGGUUUAGGUGGAAUUGGUGGUGGUGGUAUUGGUAAGGUAGGUGGUAUUGGUAGUGUUGGUGGUAUCUGCGGUGGACACGGCGUGGUCGGUGGCGUAGGCGGUGGACAUGGCGUGGUUAGUGGCUUUGGCGGUGGGAUACUUCCACAUCCUUGAUGGAUAUACGAGGCUUUAGUAGAGUUAUUUUGUUGAUUAGGGUUUCAUUAAGGAGUGAUUGAUUUGUACUCGGAUCUAUAAUUGUUGGUCUCUUUGGGUGAUCAUUAGGGUGACCUUUUGAUCUAUUGUCUUGUUUGGGUGUUUUUUCCUUUGCAAUGUUUGCUUCGAUUUCGUCGUCAUGUUAUAUAAUGUGUCACUCUUUAUGUUUAAUCGGUGAUUCA